AUGGGCAACGGAGCAACACCUGGCAGCAAUACCGGCGCAGCAAACACCCCCCGAGCAGAGUCGAAUACCCCCGCAGCGCAGGUCCGUCCAGGCGGCGCGCCCGCACGAGUAUACAUGAACGAAAAGAUAGUGCCGUACUUGCUUGAGGGGAUGAAAUCCAUCGUCAAGGAACAACCUUCAGAUCCCCUACGCAUGCUAGGCGAGUUUCUGAUUCAGAAGAGCAACGAAAUUGAGGGCGGAGCGGUGCCUACAAAGAAGUCGCCUGAAUAG